AUGUACGUCAUCAAGCGAGACGGACGCAGUGAACGUUUCUCAUUGCACAAGCUCGAUGGUUGCAUAUCAAAAUUUACGUUUGGGUUGCACCACCAGUACGUGCAAGCCGGGGCAGUAUCACGCCGGGUGGCGGAUUCUCUUCAGAAUGACAUUCACAGCAGCGAACUUUCGGAUCUGGCCGCCGAGACGGCUGCGUCCUUGGUGGGAGCACACCCUGACUACGGUAUACUCGCAGCCCGGAUUUCCAUAUCGAGCCUUCACAAACAGACCAAGAAGCGCUUCUCCUCAGUCAUCUCGGACUUGUACCACAACAAGCCUGCGCCCCUGGUUUCCGAGGAAGUGUUCCGCAAUGUCCAACUGCACGCCGAAGACCUGGACUCGGCAAUAGUGCACGGCAGGGACGAGGAGUACGACUACUUUACCUUUGAGGAGCUCGUGAAACCCCGCCUGCUGCCCGGCGAGCGGCCUCAGCACAUGCUCAUGCGCACAGCCGUGAGCGUGCACGGCAGCGACGUCGCCGGCGCUAUCCAGACGUACGCCGCCAUGUCAAAAGGACACUUCCUACUCCCUCUACCCAGCCAACUCCUCCCCUCCUUCGCGCUCGACAUCGCGGACGACAGCGUCGACGGCAUCUUCAGCACCCUCAAGACGUGCGCGCAGACGCUGGCGCGCGGCGGCGGCAGCGACGUCGGGCUCAGCGUCUCGCGCGUCCGCGCCAACGGCUCGCACAUCGCCGGCACCGACGGGACGGCAAAGGGCGUCGUGCCCAUGCUGCGCGUCUUCAACGACACGGCGCGCCUCGCCGGCCGGGAAAGAAGCCUCGCCGUCUACCUGGAGCCGUGGCACGCGGACGUCUUCGACUUCCUCAACCUGGGCCGCAGCUUCGGCAAGGAGGAGCUGCGCGCGCGGGACCUGCGCUACGCGCUGUGGGUGCCGGACCUGUUUAUGCGGCGCGUCCACGCGGAUCUUGACUGGACGCUGAUGUGCCCGGCCGAGUGCCUCGGGCUGGCCGACUGCUACGGGGCCGAGUUCGACGAGCUGUACGAGCGGUACGAGAGCGAGGGAUGCGGCCGCCGCACGGUCAAGGCGCGGGAGCUGUGGACGGCCAUUGUCGAGGCUCAGCUGGAUACGGGCGGGCCGAGCGUGCUGUACAAGGACGCCUGCAACAGAAAGAGCAACCAACAGCACCUCGGCCCGGUCCGCGGCUCGGGCCUGCGGUCGGAGCUGAUGCUAUCGGCGGCGCCCGGUGUGGCCUCGUCAUGCGCACAAGCAGCACUACACCUACCAGCCUUCGUCUCGUCAGCCGCCGAGUUCGACUUCGACGGCCUCCACCACGCAACACAGCUCCUCACACGCAGCCUCGACCGCAUGCUCGACGAUGACGCUGUACCAGAAGCAAUCCAGCGCGACCGGCCUCUAGGCGUCGGCGCCUUCGGCCUCGCCGACACCUUCAUCGCGCUCGGCCUACCCUACGACUCGGCGCCAGCCCGCCACCUCAACGUCCGCAUCUUCGAAACCAUCUACCACGCCGCCCUGACCGCGUCGACGCGCCUAGCCCAGGCCGCCGGCACGCCGCACGCCUCGUACGCGGGCAGCCCCGUCGCCAGCGGCUGCCUCCAGUACGACCUGUGGGACGACGCCACCACCGUCGUGCCCACAGAGCAGUGGGACUGGAACCAGCUCAAAGCCGACAUCGCCGCUUACGGCGUGCGGAACGCCGUCCUCGUCGCCCUGCCCUGCGGCAGCAGCGAGUCGUCCUCGUCGUCGUCGCUAGGCUCCGCGCCCUCGCACGUGCGCCUCCUCCGCGGUGGACGCUACCACGCCUUCUCCCGGCCCCUCGUGCGCGCCCUCGCAGCGCAGGGCCUGUGGACGGCAGACGUGCGCGCGCGCAUCAUCGCGGAUGGAGGCUCGGUGCGCGAACUAGAAGGCCUACCUUCGUCCAUGAAGCAGCUCUACGCGACGGCGGGCGAGAUGGGCCAGCGCGCCGUGCUGCAGCUGGCGGCUGACCGCGCGCCGUUCGUGGAUCAGUCGCAGACGGUCGAUGUAGCCAUGCCUCACGCAACGUCCGCCAAGGUCGCGGCUAUGCACUUCUUCGGCUGGCGUGCUGGGUUGAAGACGGGGUGUAGUGGCCUGCGUGGAGGAGGUGCGGAGCGGCUGGUGCCUGAGGCGCAGGAGGUGGCGCGCGCGGUGCGUGAGGUGAUGGAGGGCGUGGAGAUGCGCGGCGGCGGCGGCGGCGGCGGUAGGAAGAAGACGGUGGCGGAGCGGGGGGCUGCUGUUCGGGCUGGAAGGCGGGCGGAUGAGUCCACGGCGGCUGCAGCGCGGGGGACGUAUGCUGUUUUGAUGUCUCACAGCAUUUCUACUGCGGUUGUGUAG